AUGCAAAUUCUCAGCCCCCAUGUGGGACCUACUGAAUCAGAAACCCUGAGGGGCAGCUGCUUCCUCCCCCAACUGCCUUCCAUUAGCGCACCUGCUGGGACUUGCAGCCCCAGUGUCAUGAUUGGUGAUGAUGAACCAGGUUAUGACCUAGAUUUAUUCUGCAUACCCAAGCAUUACACCGAGGUUUUGGAAAAGGUGUUUAUUCCUCAUGGACUAAUUAUGGACAGGUCCAAAUGGCUUGCUCAAGAUGUGACGGAGAUAAAAGGCCAUCACAUCGUAGCCCUCUGUGUGCUCAAGGAGGGCUAUAAAUUCUUUGCCGACCUGCUGGACUAUAUCAAAGCACUGAACAGAAAUAGUGAUAGACCCAUUCCUAUGCCUGUAGAUUUUAUCAGACUGAAGAGCUACUGUAAUGACAAAUUGACAGGAGACAUAAAAGUAAUUGGUGGAGAUGAUCUCUCAACUUUAACUGGAAAGAAUGUCUAGAUGGUUGAAGAUAUAAUCGACACCAAAAUAAUGCAAACCUUGCUUGCUUUGGUCAAGCAGUAUAACCUGAAGAUGAUGAAGGUGGCAAGCUUGCUGGUAAAAAGGGCUCCUCGAAAUGUUGGCUAUAGACCAGAUUUUGUUGAACUUGAAAUUCAAGACAAGUUUGUUGUGGGAUAUGGCCUUGACUAA